AUUGUAUUGUGGUAGCUAGUUAGAGUUUUAAGUUUCAGGCACGUAGAGUAGAUUAAGAAUGAGUCUAAGCACUGUGAUUGUCAUGGCUCUAAUGCUUAUCUUUGCAGGGUAUGCAACAGCAGAUUUCGAUCGUCAAUGCUACAAGGAUUGCCUGAGGAAGUUUUGUCAAGUUCCAGAAAGUCCAGAACCAUGCAUCGAUCUUUGUAUUAGAAACUGUGUGCCUCACAGUCCUACCAAUGCUACUGUUGUUUACUAUUGCAACCUUGGGUGUUCUCUUGAUCAGUGUACACAGUUUGGCAAUGAAGUGAUGAAAGUUGGGAGUUGUGUGGACGAUUGCUUUAGUAACUUCUGCAACAAGCACUCUUAGUCUCUUUUACUUGGAUAUUUUCAUAUGUAUGUUUGGCUAGAAAUGUGAUUGCAACACCAAAAAAUAAUAACAGUAAAGUUGUCUAUUAUACGGUCAAAAUUGUCUAUUGCUAUUAUUAUUAUUGUUAUCAUCAUUAGAAGUUGUAAAAAAAUAAGGCGUUUUAACAUUA